AUGAAUUAUUCAUAAAAAUUAUCUAUUUCUCCUCUCAAGAGUGAUCAAUCCUUUUUUCCUGCAAUUUAAUCAAAAACUUCUGAAUCUCCCUAAAAAAAUUUAAUUCCCCUUGCUAGUUCUAUGCUAUUUGAAUAAAAAAAAGAUAAAAUAAAUGAUGAACAGAUAGAAAAUGAUAAGUAAUUGAAAUAUGAUAGAACCUAAGCUAUUUAUAAAUAUCUACAUUAAUAUAUAAAUAAAAAGAAGGACCUUCCUCAACAAAAAUCUAAACUUUAAAUUAAGACUUCCAUAACUGAUUUCAAAGAUAUUAUUACAAAUUCUCAAAAAUCCUCCUCCUCCUUUCAAUAAAUAAAGAAAAUUAUGGAAAAAUCAAACAAAACAAGUAUUUAAAGUCUUCAUUUAUAAUAUUAGAAAUUUUAUAGACCAAUUAAUCAUAUUAGAAUUUUAAUAUCAAAACAAAUCCCCAUAAUCAAAUGUAAAACUAAUGUAUAGUUGAAUUAGAGUAAGAAUAAGAAGAUUGCGAAUAAUAAUUUUCUCAUUAAGUUAACAAUAAAUUAAAUAUCUCACUUAAUGAAUAAAAUAAUUUUAAGGGUAAUAAUAGUUAGAAAUAAUAAAAAGUAUCUUAUUAAUAUAAAAUAGGUGAUCUAAGACUAUAACUAAUAAAAAAAAGAAUAUAAAGAAAUGAGCAUUUAAAUUAUUUAAAUGAUUAGAAAUACAUAAAAAAAUAUUCUUUAAUAAAGAGAUGAAGAUAGAAAAGAAUUGGAAAAAGAAUAUAAAUUUAAGAAGAAUUUAAGAUAAAAAGAAAGAACGGAAGGAUUGUAUAUUGCAUAAUUAGGAUUAAAAAAUCGACAAAUAAAGUCAUUUUUAAAUGGUUUAAAAGGAUCAUAAGUAAAAAAAAGUUAUGAUCGAUAAGUUUCAAAUACUGAAAUAAAACAUUAUAUAUAAAGGAGCAAUUCUACAAUUAUAAGUAGAAAAAGUUCAUUUUAAUAAUCUAACUAAGAUUACCUAACUGAUAAAUAAUUUGAUGAAAAAUUGAUUAGAAAAAAUUCAUUGGCAUCAGAUUAUUAUUGUAAUUCUGAAACUUCAAAAGACUCAUUUAAUUAGAAAUGUAAUACAAUUUAAAUUUAUUAUAGAAUUUCCUAAGAAAUUAUAAAAAGCUACUUGAUUAUGUAAUAUAAAAUUUUAAAGAAGAUUAUUAUAUUUCUAUAUUAAAUAAAUUUAUUGGAAUAAAAAGUAAAAAAAUUAUAUAAAAUGUCUGGAGAAUUACCUAAAAUCACUUCUAAGAGUUUAUUUUCUACUUAUGUUGAAAAAAAGAAUGCAGAAGAGGAAGCAAUUAAAAUAAGGAAUAGAAUUGAUUAAAUAAGAUAAGAACGUGAAAAAAUAUUAAAGAAAAUUUAAGCUGAAGACUUAAAAGCAGAAUAAAUUUAUAAACAUAGAUUAGAAUUGUAAUUAAAAGUAACAUAUAUAUAUUAAAAUUAUAGAAAGAAGAAAAAAUAAGAUAGAAGGUAGAAGCACCGCUUCCAUUUUCUUUAAAUGUUUCAAGAGCAUAGAAAGAAACUUUAAAAAAAAUAAAAGAAGAAAUGCUCAAUAAAAAGAAAACUGAAGUAAAGGAAUUUAGAAGUUGGCAUCGAUAAGANUAAUUUUAAGGGUAAUAAUAGUUAGAAAUAAUAAAAAGUAUCUUAUUAAUAUAAAAUAGGUGAUCUAAGACUAUAACUAAUAAAAAAAAGAAUAUAAAGAAAUGAGCAUUUAAAUUAUUUAAAUGAUUAGAAAUACAUAAAAAAAUAUUCUUUAAUAAAGAGAUGA